CGUAGGGGUGACAGGGGCGGAAGGGGCGGGAGGCGAAGGCAGCUGGGAGUGUGGCGGCCCCUCAUGCCGGCGGGGCUGGCAGCAGGUAGAAAUGGCUGCGGAAGAGGAGUGGAAAAGCUGGACUUCGAAACAGCAUAGCGGGGCUGAGCAGGCAGGCGAAAAGGAAUCGUGUGUGCUUCUGAGCCGGCAGCUGGGGGAACCAGGAAGAUUCACUUACGCAGCGCUUUGUGGGAUAUCCUUAGCGUGGCUGUUCCCCGAAGAAGAGCAAAGCUCCUUCAGGGUGGAAUUCAUAGAUGGUUUGGUGAAAUGGCUGGACCUGCCUGAUGCUGUCUUACCUGCCAUGACAGCAUUUGCCAGUGGCUUAGGAGGUGAGGGCACAGAAACUUUUGCCCAGCUUUUGCUGAAGGACCCCAUCUUGAAAGAUAAUCCUGUUGUCAUUAUCCAAGAUCUUUUGUCCUUCUCCCUUAGAGAUGGGUACUAUGAUGCUCGAGCAAGAGUGUUGAUCUGCCGCAUCAUCUGGCUGCUGAGAAUCCCCUUGGAGGAGCUGGAGGCCCUGGAGGAAUCGCUGCUUGAGAGCCUGAAGGAACAAAAAGAGGAAGAGUCAGAAACUGCAGAAGUUUCAAGAAAAAAGAAGGAAAGAAGAAAGAAGCUGAAGAGAUACCUGCUGAUCGGCUUGGCAACCGUCGGGGGUGGAACAGUGAUCGGCUUGACAGGGGGUCUUGCUGCCCCUCUGGUUGCUGCUGGAGCUGCUACUGUUAUUGGAAGUGCAGGGGCAGCUGCUUUAGGUUCAACUGCUGGAAUUGCUGUCAUGGCAUCCCUUUUUGGAGCCGCUGGAGCUGGCCUUACUGGAUACAAGAUGAAGAAGCGUGUGGGCGCCAUAGAAGAAUUUGAAUUCCUCCCACUUACUGAAGGAAAGCAGCUUCAUAUCACCAUAGCGAUUACUGGAUGGCUGUGCGCUGGCAAAUAUGGGAGCUUCACAGCACCGUGGAGCAGCCUGCUGCAGUCGAGUGAGCAGUAUUGUCUGGCCUGGGAAUCCAAGUACUUGAUGGAGCUUGGCAACGCCUUAGAUUCCCUGCUGAAUGGGUUUGUUAAUAUGAUGGCACAAGAAGCCCUAAAAUUUACUGUCUUGUCAGGUAUUGUCACGGCCUUGACUUGGCCAACUUCACUCUUGACUGUUGCCAGUGUCAUCGACAAUCCCUGGGGAGUGUGUCUCCAUCGGUCUGCUGAAGUAGGCAAACACCUAGCACAUAUACUGCUCAGUCGACAGCAGGGCAAGAGACCUGUCACACUGAUUGGCUUUAGUCUGGGUGCCAGAGUCAUUUAUUUCUGUCUGCAGGAGAUGGCUCAAGAAAAAGACUCCCAGGGGAUCAUUGAAGAUGUGGUCUUACUGGGAGCUCCAGUGGAAGGUGAAGCCAAGUACUGGAAAGCUCUCACAAAAGUGGUGUCGGGCAGGAUCAUAAAUGGUUACUGCAGGGGGGACUGGCUGCUGGGCUUUGUGUACAGAACCUCCUCCGUCCAGCUCAAUGUUGCCGGCCUCCAGCCAGUCGACUUAGACGACAGGAGGAUGGUAAACAUGGACCUCUCGUCUGUAGUCAAGGGCCACCUGGACUACAUGAAGCAAAUGGACACGAUCCUGAAAGCUGUGGGCAUUAAAACCAAGGAGUGUCGGCCGGAGGAGAAGGGCGGUGCCGGACUUUUCUGCCCUCUAGCCAAGAAAUCGCAGCAGGAAGCAGGCAGCGAGACUCAGGAAGAGGAAAACACUGUGCAAGAGGAGGAUGGAGCUGGCGGUGGCCACCGGGCCUGGGCACCCACGGCCAGCACCAGCCUGAAUUCCGGACACUUGAGCUCUGUGCCUACUGACACACGUAGAGAUGGGGAGCUGGCAGCGGGCGCAGGCACAGACUGAACCUCUAGAGCUGGCGCAGACAUCAAUCUCUCUCUCUCUCUCUCUCUCUCCUCCCAACCCAAUCUCCAGUCCUUCCUCUGCUCCCUGCAGGCCAGCUGCCUCAUGCAGUUUGUCCAGCGCCAGCUGCACAGAGGCAUCCCUCGGGCCCGUUCCCCCCAUGGCACGUGGAUGCUGUGUGCUCAGCACCAGCUGGGCUCCCUGUGCGGGCUGCGGGUGGCUGCGGGGCUGCUCUGGCUGGACGAGAGGGGCAGCAGAACCAUCAGCGAGCCCACGCGUUAGCUGGCCUGUGUGGAGGCGAAUUGGAGCUCUUUGUGAUGGGCAGCAUGUUCAGCCAGCACGAAAACCGCUCUGACAGCACUGUCCGUUUCUUCCCGAAGGAGUAUCAGUAGCGCUGGCAGAACUGAAUCUGCACUUUUCAGACCCUUCUGAGGGCCCAGAGAGUGUCACUGGAUCAAAGCUUUUGGAGCAGCUGCCCACGACAUCUCCCGUAGAUGAGAAAGGGCUGAUUCCUGCCUGAAUCAUCGUUGCUCUUGAGGAAGCGGUGGCUUUCCCCUCCUUGCACAAACUGGUUUUAUUCUUGAGGGAAGCAGCUCUCCCCAUUAGGGGCUGUAUUUCUGGUACAUAACUCUGGGGAAAGCAGGUGGCUCUGCGGGUAUCUUGAAGCAUAUUGUGGAGAGGGGCUCCAAACUAGGACAUUAAAAAUAUUUUCCAGCAGUGGUUGAUUCGGAUUUUGGUUUCCAGGUGACCAGGUGUGCUGCAGGAUCGGGCUGCCCAGCUCUGCGUGUCUCAGCAUCCGCGCUUCAGCUCUGCUAACCAGGAAGGCGAAAGGCUGAGGGUACCUGGCUUCCUUCCCCGUCCUGCUGCAGGUUAAAACAAGUGCCGUUGUGUAUAAAUACUUCCCCACCUCCAGAUCUGGAAGGCCUCAUUGACUCACGGGAGGGGAAACAGUGCAAUCGCAGCUUCUGAUUUUGGUUCACAGAGCCCUCCCUCUCCCUGCUGCAGCAGCUGGUUUAAUACCAACCUCUCCUCUCUUUCCCGAGCUUUCCGCAACCCUUACCUUCAGGUUUCUCGGGCAGUUGACACGCAGCUGCUGCUGGGUGCGGCACGGCGGCUGCGCGACCUGGCAGUGCUUUGGGUCUGGUGCCUGGCUCUUCCUCUUCCCCAGUCCCGCCACCGAGGAGGGCUCAGAGCUUCCAGAUUCCGACGCACGAUGGGCACGUUGCUGGGCUGGGGCUGUUGGAGGCAAGUCUUGGGAUCCCUCAGGGACCUGCCCGUUGCAGUCAGCUCUUUUGGUGUGGGCUGUAGGAAAGGGACACGAUUCCUCUACCGGAUCAGACGAUUUGUCCACAAGCAAACGCCUUACUACAAAGAACUAGCUCGAUGAGAAUGGUAUUGCUGCUUUUUAAAAUUUGGCUUGAAGAAGUUUUGAGAACACCAGCUGCAGCUGAAUUUGUCAUUGAGUGAAAUUCUGAACAACUUCUGCUCGUGGAGGAAAUGUGUCUGUGAACAGCUUUGUUACAGGGUGCUCCUGGGUGCUGGCAGCAAGCUCUUUUUGUUCAUCUCCUGCAGCCUGUGUCUGCUGAAUUGGUUACCUGAGGGACUGGGGAGUCCAUCGUGUCUUUUUCUACUCUGGUUUAACUGGAGUUACAGCCCACAUAUGUUUUUAUAUAAAACUAUUUGUGGACAGAUGAACACAUUCAUCUUCAUGCCUGAUACCAAAACCAAGCUAAAUAUCUGGCCACAGAUAUAGGGAGAAAACGUAUUAAAUAGUUUGAUACUUGAACCUGUGAUGAGUCCUCUGCCUGUCGUGGUCAUUUAUCGUUGACCACAGGGCCAGCCAUCGGUUGCAAUUGCGCUUGUAGCAAAUAAAUGUCAAGUGAGUUAUUGAA